AGUCCACACUGCCCCUGCUCGAACCUUGUUCCUGUUGCGCCCCCUGCCCUUACUGUUUGUGACUGGCGGCGGGUACACAGGUUACCGGCAGUAUGAGAAGUAUAGGGAGCGAGAGCUGGAGAGGCUGGGAUUGGAGAUUCCACCCAAAGUCGCUGGUCACUGGGAGGUUGCACUUCCCCCAGCUGGCCCUGAGACGGAGGCUGGGACAGCUGAGCUGCAUGUCCAGACCUGCCCUGAAACUGCGCUCCUGGCCCCUGACGGUCCUCUACUACCUCCUGCCCUUUGGUGCCCUCAGACCGCUCAGCCGGGUGGGAUGGAGGCCCGUGAGCAGGGUGGCGUUGUACAAGUCGGUGCCCACGCGCUUGCUGUCGAGGGCCUGGGGCCGUCUUAACCAGGUGGAGCUGCCACAUUGGCUGCGCAGGCCUGUCUACAGCCUGUACAUCUGGACCUUCGGGGUGAACAUGAAGGAGGCCGCCGUGGAGGACCUGCACCACUACCGCAACCUCAGCGAGUUCUUCCGGCGCAAGCUGAAGCCGCAGGCCCGGCCUGUCUGUGGCCUGCACAGCGUGAUCAGCCCGUCAGAUGGGAAGAUCCUCAACUUUGGGCAGGUGAAGAACUCUGAGGUGGAGCAGGUGAAGGGGGUCACCUACUCCCUGGAGUCGUUCCUGGGCCCGCGUACCUCUGUGGAGGACCUGCCCUUCCCACCAGCCGCCUCCUUCAGGAACCAGCUGGUCACCCGAGAAGGGAACGAGCUCUACCACUGCGUCAUCUACCUGGCCCCCGGGGACUACCAUUGCUUCCAUUCUCCCACAGACUGGACAGUGUCCCACCGGCGCCACUUCCCAGGCUCCCUGAUGUCUGUGAACCCCGGCAUGGCCCGCUGGAUCAAAGAGCUCUUCUGCCACAAUGAGCGGGUAGUCCUGACUGGGGAUUGGAAACACGGCUUCUUUUCACUGACAGCUGUGGGGGCCACCAACGUGGGCUCCAUCCGCAUCUACUUUGACCGGGACCUGCACACAAAUAGCCCACGGUACAGCAAGGGCUCCUACAACGACUUCAGCUUCGUGACACAUGCCAACAAGGAGGGCAUCCCCAUGCGCAAGGGUGAGCACCUGGGCGAGUUCAACCUGGGCUCCACCAUUGUGCUCAUCUUCGAGGCCCCCAAGGACUUCAACUUCAAGCUGAAACCAGGACAGAAAAUCCGCUUUGGGGAGGCUCUGGGCUCCCUCUAGAGCCUCAUUCCAGGCUGCUGAGGGACCUUUCUUAAACACAGAAAUGGGAGUCUUUUUAAGGGCUCUCAGGACCAUGGGGUCUGACCAGGCAGGACCUGGGUGACUUCUGUUCCUGCUGUCCCAGAGGUGCAGACAAGUUCAGAGCCCUGGUCGUGCCCUAGACCUUCGUCAUCCCCUCUUCCCACCUUAAAGAGAAAGUAAGUGCCAGGAUGAUCUCAAGAUUCCCUUUUGGAGACGUUUUAACCCCGAUGGUAUAAACCAGAGACCCUACCAUCUCCUGGCUGAGCACUCAGCUGGUCUUGGUUUCUGUUAAGAUGGUAAGUGGUAAUGUACCUUUUUGCUGCUCCUCCCAUUACUGCUUUUCGCCUCCACUGCCUGGGUGAGGUGCAUCCUGGCACUGACUGUGGGCCUGCCUGCCCCAGAGCAGGACCACACAGCCUUUAAUGUAACUGCUUUGUUUCCAAAUUCACCCCACCCUGCUUGUUGGGAAAAGCCACCUGUCUUCUUCACACUGGUGGUGAAUGCAUCACCCAACUCUGCCAGCAUCUUUCGAGGAUGGCGACUAAUGGCAAGGCGUUUUGCAGACCCCGAUGAGUGACCUGGAGCUGUGAAGACCAAUUACUGAACCCCCCCUGACUGGGACAGGCAGGUAGUUGUGGCCACAUUGGGGCUAGGGGAGAGCUUGUGUCCCCUCCCCAGAUCUACAUUAAAUAUGGGAAAGUUGCUGCUAUUGAUUCAAGGGCUUAUGUUGGAGGCAGAGGAACCUUGGUGUAUUGGGGUGAAGAGGCAGGGUCAGUGCCUAGAAAACCUGUCCCCCGGUAAUAGGGGAGUCAUUGAUGGUGGGGACAGGGCCAGGUUUCAUGUCUCCAGGGGACUCUGAAUUUCUCCUGCAGGAGAAGCCAUUUGAACUUUUUCAACUGUAUCAGUAGCACAGUAUUUUUGUAUGAAAAGUGGGAGACUUCUGAACAGUAAUUCAUGUAAUUGCCACAUUUUGAAAUAAAAAAAAAAAAUCA